AUGAUUGAUGUUUCGAGGACAACGAUCAGCCGUGCAGAGAAUAAGACAGCAGCAGCACUGAUCAUGUCCGCUCGACAGUUUUUCACUGGAAUGAAAUAUGAAUUUGAAACGAGCACGGUCUGCAAUGAGGCAUUAAAGCUAGCAUUCUACAGCUACAGACAGGAUGCUACCAACCAUCGAAACAAGAAAUGCACCCUUGAAUUGGAUGCUUCUUAUGGGAUUGUGAAUUUGGGUGACUUCAAGGCAGAUGAGCUCGAUGCUGCUUCAUUUGAUUGGGACAAACACUUUUGUGGAAUUCGGAAGUACUUUGCAGUUUUGCUCAAGGAUCACGACAACUGCUUCUUUUUGGAUGCAAACUGUUUUGAGCACCAAGCUCACCUCAUGGUGCUAUCAGGAUUGAGCCUUGCUGACAAGCUCUUGGCUUCUCAGACUCAGACUAUUUCGAACUCCAAAAGCGGCAGCAAACCUUUUUCUUGGCGUUACUACACUUCCCUGGCCAUUGUGACCAAUGUCCUACGUUCAGCUGCGAAAGACCUGUACCUUCAAUGGUGUUUGCUGUAUGGUGCACUAGAUGCCAACAAGAAAGUCAAGAAGUUGUUUCCAAAGUGCCAGUCAGGCAGGUGGGGUAGCGUGCACCAGACAGAGGAGAGGCUUAUUGCUGCAGGGUUUGACCAGCUGAGAGAAGUUGUUGCCAUCUUGGCCAAGAAGUUCUGGGGCAAGAAAAAACAAUCAAGGCAAGCAAAUGGAGAUGAUAAAGAGAAUGCACGGCCAGCUUCGGAGAGCUUAAAUCCAGACACCUUGGCGCUUGAGCAAUGUGCUGAGUACUCCAAACGCAUGGGCAAGUGGCGGACUUACGCAAUUGCAUCGACUGAAGAGCUCAUGUGGGGAAGGCUGAUUGAGAUCUCGCACUGGGCAAGAGCUCCUAUCAUGCACUUCACACACUUCGUGAGAAGAAAAGUGCCUUCAGAGGAACUUCAUUCCAAAGGUCACUCUUUAUGCCAGCUGAUCAACGGGAAAGCUCAUUCCAUCUUUGCAGAGUUCUCUGAAAUGCUUGAACCUGCAGAGGGUAUUUUGGCAGCAAUCCAACUGAUCAUUUUAUAA